UACUAUAGAAGAGUUGAGAGUUGUGUUGAAAAGGAGAAGGGGUAUGUGGAUAAAUAUUUUGUAUGUACACUGAGAUUGAAUUGUACUGUUGUGUGUGUGUGUGGUUUGGGGUUAUGAGUCACCCCACAAUAUACAAUCUAGGGGUCACACGGAGUGUGUUUUCUGCUGGAUAAUAGUACUGUCUAUCUUUAUAACUAAUAGAUUAACUGAUAGGGGGAGGGGCAGUCAGUCACAGGGCGCAUCACUUCCUGCUUAAUCUGAUUUUUAAAUCCUUGGAGAUCGUACCAGCCGUGAGAGCAGAUCAGGUCGUAUAGCUCAAUAAAAGUUAGUCAAAAAUCUAAUGAAACUUUUUUGUCGAAUCGUUUGCUUACUGUCCACAUAACACACGAUCUUUAUUGUCAGUUCAAAUACCCCAUCAAAACGUAAUUUAGAGCAGUUUUCUUUUUAUUUGCUAACCCAUGUGCAAUUCGAGUCGUACCGGAACAAAUGCUUCCUACCUCCUUUAUCUUAAGACAAAAACAUAUCUCAAGCUUAACCAUUGUCUUGCAGGGAUGGGAAGAAACCGUGCCCUUUAAUUGUAAAAGGACGCUUCUUACACAAUCAGUCACUUUUAUGAUCCUUGCUGUGUACGUACAUUGUACUUGCAAAAGAACACUGUCGUGAGGCUGGUUUCUUACAAGAACUUUUCUGCCUCCCCGAAAAUGCCAGAAUUAAGCCAGGAGAAUGUUCACGUCCCAUUCAGACGUGUCCUAGUAACCGGAGCCACAGGGUUACUAGGGCGGGCAGUUUACAAGGAGUUUCAAGACAAUGACUGGUAUACCGUUGGCUGCGGGUACAGUCGUGCCCGACCCAGAUUUGAAAAAUGCAACUUGCUGGAUGCUGACGCUGUACGAGCGAUGAUUCAGAAGUUUCAGCCCCAUGUUAUAGUGCACUGUGCUGCAGAGAGGAGGCCAGAUGUGGUAGAAAGUCAGAGAGAUGCUGCGAUACAGCUGAAUGUAUCUGCUGCAGGAAAUCUGGCCAAAGAAGCAGGUGUGAGUUUUGUGAUCUACAUCAGCACAGAUUAUGUAUUUGAUGGAAGAAAUCCUCCAUAUGACGUUAAUGACACUCCAAACCCAUUAAACCUGUAUGGAAAAACAAAGCUGGAAGGAGAAAGAGAGGUCCUGCAAAAUAAUAUGGGAGCGGCAGUUCUCAGAGUUCCUGUUCUAUAUGGAGACGUUGAGAAGCUCGAGGAGAGCGCCAUAACUGUGAUGUUCGAUACAGUUCAGAACUCCACAGAUUUGAUCAGCAUUGACCACUGUCAGCAGAGGUUCCCCACCUAUGUGAAGGACGUGGGUCGAGUGUGCCGCCAGCUAGCAGAGAGCCGGCUCCAGGAUCCUUCUUUGAGAGGUAUUUUCCACUUCUCUGGUAACGAGCAGAUGACCAAAUAUGAAAUGGCGUGUGCAAUCGCAGAUGCCUUCAGCCUGCCAAGUAGCCACCUGAGACCAAUCACUGAAACCCCGGUGGGGUCAGGGGCUCUUCGUCCACACAAUCCUCAACUGGACUGCUCCCGUCUAGAGAAUCUGGGUAUUGGACACAGGACACCCUUCAAACAGGGGAUCAAGGAGUGUCUUUGGCCUUUCCUCCAUGACAAGAGAUGGAGACAGUCGGUCUUCCAUUAAGAAACCACUGAGGGCAAUAAUCACCCCCUCCCCCCUUUUAGUUUUGCUUGUAUUAUUUUUUUUAGCACAAUGAAAACUGUGUACAGUAACAAACCAAUAAGCUUUUCAAGUCAAAAUCCAAACUAGUUCAUUUGUGGUCAAUGUUAAGUAUGUGACACUUUAAAUGAAGAUUAAUAAUGGUAAUAAUAAUAAUUUCCUUUGAAUGUUAACAGCAUUUCAUGGAAGGAUAAAAGCUUGAAACGAGAGGAGAAAAAAAUACCUCUAUAAAGAACCUUGCACCUUUUUGAUUAUAAGAAGUAUUCCUAGUUGCCUUUUAUAUCAUUUAAUUUUUAAAUAAACAUAAUUGGUUUGAGAUGGCUACCUGUUUUAAAUACGUUCCUAACAGUGACACUUUGCAUUCAUGCCAUCAUUUAUCUGCCCUCUGUAUUUUGCCCCUGUUGACUUGUUUUAUGCAGGUGAUAGUCACAUGAAGCACAAUGUUGGUUAUAUGUUAUAAAAAUAUUAAAGGGGGUUGUAAAAAGUACAAAUUUACAUUUAUCAAGUAGAUGUUAUGUAGCUGAAGCAAGAUAACGUCUUUGCACUUUUUUGUUAGGGUAUUUUGAAAGGGGGUUAUUUCCCAAAGGCUGAGCCCUGCACUGCACUUAAAGGUAUAUUCAGGUUUUUUUGUUUUGAGGCGUUAAGACUGAAUAAUUUCACAAUUCUAAAAUAAAUAAAGAUAAUUUUGUUAAUUGUAUGAAUAUGUUUGAAAUCAAUAAUGAUGAGUGAUUUAUAGCAAACUGACUACUGUCUUAAUGGAUUAUUGUGGAUUAUUAGUGCUGGAAAAGACCUGGCUGGUUUAUUGAGAUUGAUGAGGUUUUUAUAUGUGUUAACUGUACCCCAUUGUGUAAUAAAGUCUAGUUAAGCA